AUGAAUGAGCGCACUCCCCUCAUAUCGACUGUUCGCGUAGAACGACGCCCAGGACGAUACCCUCACUCCACCUUCCGACGCUUCUGCACUGUCGCCUUAGCAAGCAGUCUCAUCGCAAUCCUUGUAUGCUUCCUCCUUCCUAUAGCGAUUCUCCCUCGAGGUCAUGAUUCUCCGUCGUCCUACCUCCCCUGGUCUCGACCGUACCCCAAAUCGUGGCCUCAGAGUACAGGUAUCACCUUCAAUGAGCUUCAAGACUUGUUGUUGAAUACCCCGGAUGAGAACAGCGUUCGUUCAUGGAGCGAGUACUAUACCGCAGGCCCACAUCUUGCAGGCAAGAACCUUAGUCAGGCGUUAUGGACACGCGAGAGGUGGGAAGAGUUCGGAGUCAAAUCAGAGAUUGUGGCCUACGAUGUCUACAUCAACUACCCGGUCUCACAUCGACUUGCCUUACUUCAUGGAGAUAAGGUGAAAUAUGAGUGCAGUCUGGAAGAAGAUGUCAUUGACGAAGACCCGACGACGUCCUUGAAAGAUCGUAUUCCAACAUUCCAUGGCUACUCUGCUAGCGGCAAUGUCACCGCACCCUUCGUCUAUGUCAACUUCGGCACCUAUCAAGAUUUUGAAGAUUUGCUGGCAGCGAAUAUCAGCCUGUCAGGCAAGAUCGCGUUGGCAAAGUAUGGCAAGGUCUUUCGGGGAUUGAAGGUCAAGCGGGCACAAGAGCUGGGCAUGAUUGGGGUGGCCAUCUACUCGGACCCGCAGGAGGAUGGCGAAAUGACAGAAGAGAAUGGAUACAAGCCAUACCCUGAAGGUCCGGCCAGAAAUCCAAGCAGUGUGCAAAGAGGCAGUACGCAAUGGAUCAGCACUCUCCCGGGAGACCCAACCACUCCCGGUUACCCUUCGAAGCCGGGAGUGCCUCGAGUUGACCCUAACGGCUCUAUCCCCAAGAUCCCGUCGCUCCCUAUAUCCUAUGCCGAUGCUCUUCCCCUCCUGAAAGCCUUGAAUGGACACGGCCCCAACGCUAGCUCAUUCGACGCACGCUGGCACGGUGGAGGUCUUGGUUACAAGGGCGUUGACUACAACGUUGGACCAUCACCAGAAUCUAUAGUUUUGAACUUGAUCAAUGAGCAAGAAUAUGUGACAACACCGUUGUGGAAUGUGAUCGGAGUCAUCAAUGGCACGGUCCCCGACGAGGUCAUUGUGCUUGGAAACCAUCGGGAUGCCUGGAUUGCAGGAGGUGCCGGGGACCCUAAUUCGGGCUCGGCAGCAUUGAAUGAAGUCAUCAGGUCGUUCGGAGAAGCUCUCAAAGCUGGGUGGAGACCGUUCCGUACCAUCGUGUUCGCAAGUUGGGACGGCGAAGAAUACGGCCUGGUCGGAUCCACCGAAUGGGUUGAAGAGUACCUCCCAUGGCUGUCUGCCAGCACUGUCGCAUACUUGAAUGUGGACGUAGGGAGCCGUGGAAAACAUUUUGACGCGGCAGCAUCACCACUGCUCAACAAGCUGAUCUACAAUGUAACAGGCACAAUUCCAUCACCGAAUCAGACCACCGAAGGGCAAACCGUUGGCGAUGUUUGGAAUGGCAAGAUCCGCACAAUGGGCUCGGGUAGCGACUUCACAGCGUUCCAAGACUUUGCAGGUAUACCAUCGCUGGAUCUUGGCUUUGGCAGUGGUCCGAAUGACCCUGUCUAUCAUUAUCACUCAAAUUACGAUAGCUUUCACUGGAUGGACACAUAUGGAGACAAAGAUUGGCAUUACCAUGUGACUGUGACGAAAAUAUGGGCACUUCUCGCUGCUCAGCUCAGUGAAACCGCGGUCUUGCCACUAAGUGCGAAGGACUACGCGAAGGGCCUGGAAAUGUAUCUCGACGAUGUCAAAGAAAGGUCCAAAGAGUAUCGCAGAUCAUCAACAUUCAGUUUCCACAAUCUGGACAAGGCUACAACGAAGCUGCGCAAGGCAGCGUCACACUUUGACGCCUACACAACGAACUUGAAAGCCAGACUUGGAGAAGAUGUGCCAUGGUGGAAGUGGUGGAAGAAAAUCAAGCUAUACUACGAGGUCAGGAAGGCGAAUGCGAAGUACAAAAUGCUGGAGCGCCAGUUUCUCUUCCCUGGCGGACUGGAUAAUCGAACGUGGUUCAAGCAUGUGGUAUUUGCACCCGGCCGAUGGACUGGAUAUGCAGGUGCGACGUAUCCUGGGCUUGUUGAGAGCUUUGAGGACGGCAAUAUGACGAAUGCUCAUCGAUGGAGCGACAUCAUUCAGGAGAGGUUGCAAGCAGCAACGAAGUUGUUGGAAUGA